AUGGAUGAUAUAUGCCGUGGUACACCAGUUUAUAUGGCCCCUGAAAUCCAUACACGUCAGUUAACCAAUGCAAGCCAGGACGGCUUGAAAAUGGCAGAUAUCUGGUACUUGGGGAUUUUGGCAUAUGCUAUGAUCAAUCCUAACCUUAAUACUCUGUAUCGCAAGGAGUCGGAAAGCUUGGGUGUUGCGUUUAAUUUGGACAUCAUGAAACAUUUUAUGCAAGAACAAAUUCUUCCUGAUCAUGAUGCAAAAUAUGAAGUCUUGUGAGUGACCAUGUGAUGGCAGAUAGACAAAAUUUUCAAUUUGUGUGCAAAUUUCAAGCCAAAUUCAUGACCAGCAGCAUCGGAUGUUCUCUGUAUAAUAAGGAGUGAAGAUCUUGAAUCAUCGCUUAGUGUGAAAAAGCUUCGGAUGAGCAAAAACACUGCACUAGAAGCAGUUCUUUGCAAAGCACAAAUAAGCAAUAUACAAAACUACUCUAUCUCUAUACAUACAUGUCUUGUUUGAUGAAUAUAUAUAUAUAUUAGUAUAAACCUACUAAUAGGCUAUCAUGAAUCGUGCGUUCUGAUUGGCUACGCUACUAGUAGGCUAUUAGUGAUAGCCUACUAGUAGCAAGCGGCGAAGGGGGUGAGAGUGAAUGGCCGUUUUUAAGUAUUAAAAGCUGCAUUUAAAGGGAAACAUUUAUCAAAAUGGCCUAAUUUUGGUUCUGGAUUACACACAAACAAAGACUCUUGGAAACUGCUGACAAAUGCGGUAAAGUUUUCUCAAGUUUGCUCGUAGUUUUGAACAUGAAAGUAACAGGCGAUUUUUUAAAAUAUAUGCACAAUUUUCCUAAUAUUCCAAGCAGAAUCGUUGAAAUUCAACAAUACUUUGUCUUUGUAGCUAUUUACCCCUAUUUUCUCAACCUCUUUAGUGUGUGCUUGUAUAAGUGCGAGUUCAUGUAUUUAGCUGUCAUUUUAAAGAGUUUUUUUUUAAAUGUUGAGAUUUUGGCCGAGUUUGUUUUUCGCCUUUUCGAACCUUUUUAAGUCGAGUUUUUCGAUUAAACUUUAAUCCGGCUAAACUAUUGUCUAUGUAUACUAGAUUAUGCAAAUGGUUUGCCUCUUUAUGUUCCAGAUAUUUUAAAGAUUUCAACGACAUUCGGAUAAUCGGAUUCUUUUGCAUGUGUGUGCAUUUUUAUUCGGCUUUUUAACGUAAACUAUAUUUACUAAUUUUGUAACAAUUCGGGAAGCCAUUUUGUGUUCGAAAUUUUUUACUUUUUAAGCUUUGUUUCCUUCUUUUAAAUAAGUUUUAAUUAACUAAACUUUGCUUCUAUAACGGUCUCCUGUUUUAUGACAUGUUUUUAAACUUUUUUAAAACUCACAAGUUGUAUUUUUCAAGUCAUUCUUGGGAGUUCGCAACACUGAGUAGUUGUCAACAAAGCUGAGGCGAAAUGUCGCCAAAGGAAGCAUUUAAACGCUCAUUUCAUUAAAAAGUUAUUAUUUUACAUAAAAAUCAAAUGAAAAAUUCCGUCAGAGACAACUCAGCUUCGUUGUCUCUGAACGAAUAGUCAGCUCGGCUUCGCCUCGUUCACUAUUCGCUCAUAGACAACUCGGCUUUGUUGUCUAAUUGUUAAUUAUAUGUAUGUUUGAUGGAUUUUCAAAUAUUAUUAAUUUAAACAGCGAAUGUAGUUCAGACAACGAAUUUGCAAUGAUUAACCAUCAAGAGAGUCAACUCUCUUCCAUGACGAUGCCCUUACUCCAGUAUUCUCAUGGAACAAGAAAGCAUAUACCGCUGAACGUUUGGUACAUAUUUUGCUGGAUAAGCAAGAAAGUGGCAGACUCUGUGUCAUGACGCCAAUUAACAUAGCGCAUAAUGUAACAUUCCUGAUCAACAACACGAAGAUGAAGAUGGAAGAAGACGUAAAGUGUGACGACAUGGGUAUAUGGCUUCAUUCGGGCUCCCCCAAGAGAUCCUUUGCGGUAUUGCAUAAGAUGUCGGGAAGAUCAGCAAUAUAACACCCGUAGCUACAACAAACGAGGAGAGUACCCAAGGCCAAGCGCAAGUAAUCACACUGAAGUGAGUGUAUUAUGUGAAUAAGUCUAGUAAAGAUGUGAGAAAGAUAAUGUCAACUUUGGAAGGUAGGGUAAUUCUCAUAUACUUAUGUUUAACUACACAUAGACUUGAAAUCUUAGAAGUACAAUUUAAACCUCCUAACAUUUUAACGACCACAUUGUAUAAUUAUAUAUUGUUAAAUAUUUAAACAGAAAAAGUACUCAACAAACGCGGCAUAUUUACGACAGUUUCAGUAAUAGAUCGUUCUCAUUAUGGUGCCAAAGGUGAAAAAUCUGAUGUUACAAGAAAUUUGAUUGGCAUUACCAGAAAUCUAAGACAUUUUGCUGCCGCGAUACAUUAG